CCACGCUGUCUGUGCUCUGCCAGUGUGUACUUAAGUAAGAAUAUUACAAAACGGACAGCAUGUGGUGUUUUUAAAAUGUUGUGAGCCAUAAAGAGAACAAACAAACGCGGAAGGAACGAUUUUGCAGUGUAGAAACUUAUAGAGAAACGCCUUUGAUAGUUUAUAAAAAUGCCUGUUGAACAUAGCGCUGUAGACUCAUCAGAGGUUUUACCUGUGAGAAUUGAGUUUGCUGUUUCUGGGAGGGGGACGCAUACUAACACAGAUCCUGGGAAAGGAGAGCUUAGUGACGACAGCUGUCACUCGGAUGAGACUGAGAGUCAUCGGCUUCGGGAUCGAGAAUGCGCUACACAGAAGCAGUUUGAUGGUGUGCUGACAGAAGAAAUUAUAUCCAUUGGGUUAUCCACUUUGAGUCACUCGGCUACUGGAAAUGAACAGGUCUAUAUUCAUCUUUCCUUGCCGCAAUGUGAUUUGAGCAAUAUAUCCGUACUUUCUGAAUAUACUUACUUACAGAAGUUGGUAAUUCCACAUAAUAAAAUACAAGAUUUGUCUUGCAUUAGCUGUAUGCCACACCUUAUAGAACUUGAUGUGUCACAUAAUGAGAUAAAUGGAUUCUUCAACUUCAAACCACCAAAAUACCUCAAGGUGGUGAAUUUUGCAUAUAAUCGUAUCAGUAAAAUGAAAGAUCUUUCUGCAUAUCAAGCUUUGGCUGUACUUAUAUUGGACAACAACAACUUAAGUGAAAUCCAAGGCCUCGAGAAGUGCAGAAGUCUAAUCCAUCUCAGCCUGGCAAACAACAAGAUCACUGAACUCAAGGGACUGGCUAAUUUACCAAUAAAGACACUCUGCUUGAGUGGAAAUCUGAUACAGAAUGUGUCUGGCUUGGAGAAUAUUAAAACCCUACAUAACCUGGAUCUACAGAAUAAUAAAAUCCAAAGCUUACGAGGAAUGGAGAACCAUGAUCUUCUGGAGAUGAUCAACCUGCAAAACAAUCAGAUUAUGCAGUUUGGAGAACUGGAGUUUCUUCAAGAUUUACCAAUCCUGCGAGUUCUUAAUCUAGUGCAAAACCCAGUCCAGGAACAUGCUGAUUAUUGGCUCUCUGUGAUUUUCCUGUUGCCAAAGCUAACCAUGUUGGAUAAAAAGAAGGUUCAGAUUGAAGAAAAGGUGGCAGCAAUGAACAAGUAUGACCCUCCUCCAGAAGUGAUUGCCGCUCAAGAUCACAUUACCCAUAUUAUGUAUAGUAUGUUGCAGCCACAAAAAAUCUUUGACAGUACUUUACCUAGUCUGGAUACACCUUAUCCUAUGCUUGUGCUGACUGGUCCUCAGGCCUGUGGAAAGAGAGAACUUGCUCACAGACUUUGUCGGGAAUUCAGUGAUUUCUUUGCCUAUGGUGUCUCUCAUACAACAAGACAGCCAUACUUAGGAGAGGAGAAUGGAAGAGAUUAUCACUAUGUCUCACCAGAGGUUUUUGAAGCCAUGAUCAGUCUGGGUAAGUUUAUUGAGACAGUGACUUACAAUGGAAAUUACUAUGGACUGAGCAGAGAUGCAGUUGAAUUAGUUGCUGGAGAUGGACUUGCCUGUUGUGUUCACAUGGAACUUGAGGGUGUGCGAAGUUUGAAAAAUUCAUAUUUUGAACCACGAUAUAUCUUGCUGAUACCACUGGAUAAGGAAGAGUAUGAAAGAAGGCUUCGAAGGAGAGGGUUGUACAGCAGAUCCCAAAUCAACACAGCUGUUUCCAGAGUAGAUACCUACAUAAAAAUGAAUCAGGAUUAUCCUGGGUACUUUGAUACAGUCAUUAAUUCUGAUGAUGUAGAUGAAGCAUACAAGACACUAAGUCAGCUGCUACGAGAAUAUCUUGGGUUGUCAGAGGAUUCAAGUACUACUGGUGAUGUGGACUUGACAUCACACAAGGCACGACCAGGUUCUGUUAGAUGGACUCCAGUCGAACCUAAGAACAGAGGCUCACCUAGUGGUAUGAUGGUUAGUAAGAUUUCUUCACCUGCUGCAAAGAAUGGUUUCAGUGACUCUUCUACAAAAAACUACUCUGCCAGGGUACAGGCAAAACUGUCAGCACAGAAAACGAUGGUGGAAGAAGCAUCCAUUCAGCGGCGACAGCAAGCAGCACGUGAGGCUCUACAGGGGAAGACACCCAGUGCCUAUACAUCACUCUUUAAAAGACAUUCAGAAACUGCACCAGCACAUCUAGGCCCUCGUCAAAAGUUUCCAGAUUCAGCAUCAUAUACUUCCAUGCUCCCUACUGGAAGCAACAUCACACAAGAUCGUAGCUUUCCUCCUGCCAGCCCUGACAGCAGUUCAGAGUCUCGUGCAAGUUCUGGAUUAUCUAUGCUAUCAUCUGCAGGAGCAUUUUCAUCUGAGGAGUCGCCACCUGCCAGCAGCCCAUCUUUAGAGCUACAGAAAGGGCUACAAGGUGCUUUGGAAAGCCUAGGUAUAGCAGGUCUUGGACUUGAGCUGGAAAAAUUAAAUGAUGAACAGAAUUCAAGCAGUACUCCAGGAACACCACGACCCAUCUCUGAAGGUGCUCUUGGGGAAAAAACAGAAAUCAACAUCAGUCUUGCUUCUCCUAGAGUAACCACUCUUCCACCUCGGCCUGGUACCAACACAAAACCCAUUCUCCCUCCUAUUCCAUCUGGGCGAAAGAUGGCUGAUGUAUGACAUGUAGAAUGGACCUAAAACCAAACAUUUAAUUCAUGUAUCACUAAACUGCAAUGGAUCAUAGGUUAUUUUUAAUUUAGAUACAUAGUCCUGUUCAUUCAACUUUGCAAUCAGUGUUGCAUGCCUGUAACACAGCAUGUCAUGAAAAUUCUGCUAUUAAGUGUGACUAACAUCAGACAAAAAUACAUGUUAUUCUAGACAAUAUUUAAGAGGACUGCAAACAAUGAGUGCCUUACAAUGUUGUUACCUAUGACUUGAGAUUACAAUAUAACAAGGGAAGUUAUAUAUGCAUAUGUCAUUUCUGGGAUGAGCCAGUUAUCCGUCAGCCACUCACAGAAUGUCAUUAUCUAUUCACUGUAUUUUUAGAAUAAGAUUAUCAAAUGUACAUUUUGACACUCAGGAUUGACAGUUUUAUUUGUUGUAUUAAAGUUUCUGUGACAUAAUGUAUAGAAAUCUCCUGUUGUAAAACAAUUAGAAAAUUAUGUUUAAGAUAAUUCUGUUUUAUCUUAAAGUAAUGAUAUGGAUAGACUUGGUGUGACUUACUUUAAAAACUUCAUACCUUUUUCAAGUAGUUUUGGAAGUAGAUAUAAACAGCUGAAAGCGAGACAAAAUGCCCAUAUGCAGUAAGGGGAUUGCUGCUUCUCCCCUGCUGUAUAUGCAAAAAAAAAAGAAAAAAUCAUCUAUUGUUAACACAAAAGUAGUAUAUGGCAGGGUUUACUACUGGCUACCUUAGUAAGGUACACUGGGCUUUUAAUAUUAAAGAUCUAUGUUACAUUAAUGCCA